AUGCCCUCUGCUCAGUUGCUCCUCUCUACAUAUAAUGAUGGAUCUCCUUCCAUUCAUGACGUGAUUCCCUCCUCACCUAUCUCAGCACCUGCUGCUCCACCGUUAUCAUCAACCGACUCAGCGCCAUGUACUCUUUGCCCAACACAUGUGACUGCUAUACCAGCACAUCCUAUACCGACGCCGCCUACUCUUGCUCAUGGUGAGUCCGCACCCGUUAAUCAGUUGCAACCUCCACCUGUUGAUUCACCGCAACCGGCUGCUUCUCCACAACCACCUGGUCAUCCAAUGAUGACACGUUAUAGAAAUGUCUUAGAUGCGGUAUGUCGAUUACAUAAAGAGUUCUACAAGAAACUUGUGCCAAUACUCGAUGACGAAACCGAUGAGAGGUGGAGGUGGUUUAAGGGUUGCCUAGGGGCAUUAGAUAGAACAUAUAUCAAAGUUAAUGUCCCUGCAGCAAAGAGAAAAGCUUAUCGAACAUGCAAGGGUGAGAUUUGUACUAAUGUACUUGGAGUGUGUUCGAGAGAUCUUCAGUUCAUACAUGUACUAGCGGGAUGGGAGGGUUCCGCAGCAGAUAGUCCAGUAUUGCGAGAUGCUAUUAGUAGACCACAUGGUCUUAAAAUACCGCAUGGAGGGAUUGAUCUGAGCGGAGAGAGGGAACAAAGAGAAGAAGGAUCAAGAACACGAAAAAAGGGACGAAUCAAGAUAGAGAGAGAACUGGAGAAGCCAUUUCCGAGGUUGCAUGUCGUUAAUUACAAUGGCAGAAACCAGGCAUGGGAGGCAACCGUGAGGAAAACACACGCUGCAAGACGACAAGCUAGCAAUAUCUUCAGUUCAUCCCCCGUUGCAAACAUGGAUGAAGAAGAUGAGAUUCAUGCAUCAGGAGAGGUGUUUCAUGCUGAACGUUAUCUCCCAAACGGAGAUUACUACACAGGUCACUGGUUGGAUAACUUUCCUCAUGGUUUUGGCAAAUACUGGUGGACCGAUGGAUGCAUGUAUGUGGGAGACUGGUAUCGUGGAAAAACCAUGGGAAAAGGCACCUUCAGUUGGCCUUCAGGAGCCAACUAUCAAGGCGAAUUUAAAAGCGGGUAUAUGGAUGGAGAAGGGAUCUAUACAGGGCCAAAUGGAGAUACUUAUAAAGGGUCAUGGGUUAUGAACUUGAAACAUGGACAUGGGGUGAAGGAAUACACUAAUGGGGAUAUAUAUGAUGGGGAAUGGUGUGGAGGGUUACAAGAAGGAAAUGGUAAGUAUCAAUGGAAAGAUGGGAAUUGCUACGAUGGAGAAUGGAAGAAUGGAAUGAUGUCUGGAAUGGGAAAACUGGUUUGGAGUAACGGGAAUACGUUUGAGGGGUUAUGGGAUGAUGGUAUACCGAGUGGGCAUGGGAGAUUCAAGUGGGCUGAUGGGAGUUUUUAUGAAGGUAAUUGGAGUAAGGAUGCCGCAGACCAAAACGGUGAUUAUCAUCCAUCUGAUGAUAAUUCUAAAGAUGAACAUAAAGACUGGUCUCAAGAACAAGUUUAUGAAGUUGAUCUUAAGGAAUGUGAAAUAUGUCCUCUUGAUAAGGUCCCGAUCUUGCCAUCUCACAAGAAACUAGCAGUUUGGAGAUCGACAAAGGGCAGCAGUAGCACUGCUAGUACUAGUGACACUGCACCUAGGUCCAGACGAAUGUCCAUUGACGGAAGCAGCUUCGAUGUGAGUAGUACUGUUGAAGAAGCAAAUUUAAAGGCAAGAGAUGAUACGUCAUUUUCAUCACCAUCACCUAGUAAUUCGUCAGUAGAAGCAAGUCCAAUACAAAUCCCCAAAGUCGUAAAGAAACAAGGAGAUAUCAUAUCCAAAGGACAUAAGAACUAUGAACUCAUGCUCAAUUUGCAACUAGGAAUCAGGCAUUCCGUAGGAAGACCGGGUCCCACUCCCUCAUUAGAUUUAAAGCCAUCGGCUUUCAAUCCAAAGGAGAAAGUAUGGACGAGAUUCCCACCAGAGGGAUCCAAAUACACCCCUCCACACCAAUCUUGUGAAUUCAAAUGGAAGGAUUACUGCCCAUUGGUCUUCAGGACAUUAAGGAUGUUGUUUAAGGUAGAUGCAGCUGAAUAUAUGCUAUCUAUGUGUGGGAAUGAUUCCCUUCGAGAGCUCUCCUCACCAGGGAAGAGUGGAAGCUUCUUCUACCUGAGUUAUGAUGAUCGGUACAUGAUCAAGACCAUCAAAAAAGCUGAAGUCAAAGUGAUUCUAAGGAUGCUUUCUGCUUACUUCAAUCAUUUCCGACAAUACGAAAACACUUUAUUGACAAAAUUCUUUGGACUGCAUUGCGUGAGGUUAACUGGUGCUGCUCAAAGGAAGGUACGUUUCAUUAUUAUGGGAAAUCUUUUCUGCACGAAUCACACCAUUCAUAGACGCUUCGACUUAAAAGGGUCUUCCCUUGGUCGACUUACGGAUAAGCCAGAGUCAGAAAUAGAGGCAACCACUAUACUUAAAGAUCUUGAUCUCAAGUACUUUUUCCGAUUACCAAAAACAUGGAAUGAAGAAUUCAGAAGGCAAAUAGAGAAGGACAGUGAUUUCCUGGAGCAGGAGAGAAUAAUGGAUUAUAGUCUCUUGGUUGGUCUUCACUUCAGAGAACCAUCGCACUUAACACCUGUUGGUGAUGGCGCAGUAGAGGACUCGUAUUCUGUGGCUGAUAUGGACAAACUUCUUUCAGACCCAUCUGGACACCAAUUGGGAAUUGGCAUGCAAGCACGAAUUGAAAAGAUGGAGAGGACGAUAGAAACAGAACUGAUAGGGGAACCAACAGGGGAGUGUUAUGAUGUUGUAAUGUUUUUCGGAAUCAUAGACAUACUUCAAGACUACGACAUUACCAAGAAACUCGAGCAUGCUUACAAGUCCAUGCAUUACGACCCUACCUCAAUAUCAGCUGUUGAUCCCCGACAAUAUGCUAAACGUUUUCAUGAUUUUAUACUCACGAUUUUCAAGGAAGAUGAUCAAUAGAAAGGAAAAAUUAAGAAUCUUUGUACAGAUAUACGUCUUGUCUAUUUCUCUAAAUCAUAUUACCUACUUACCCAAGGCAGGCAGGAGUACCAUGUAGAAG